UGUGGCAGUAAAAUCGAGGGCUCCCUGGCCACUGCGAAGCUUACAGCUGAAUUGCUUCGUUCAGUCAUUUCGCAGCAGCGAAUACCCUACACGAAUCAGGCUGCCGCUUUGAUUGAUGCUGUGAAAGCUGUUGGCGAGCAGCUGAUUGCUGCGAAUCCUGUUGAGCUUGCUGUGGGUAAUAUUGUGAGGCGUGUUUUGCACAUUAUUAGAGAGGAGGAUCUCUCUCUCACCACAGCUGCUAUUGCUGGGUUGAGCUUAUCAGCAGUUAGUGAUGAUGAGGAUGACAUUGAAAAAGAUGAUUGCCCGGCCCUGUCAGCCGCUGCUGUUGCAGCUGCUGCAAGAAGCGCUCUGCGGCCACCUUCCUUGCAAACUCUUCUUGAGGACGUUCCUAACCAAACAUCUAUCCAUCAAACUUCAUCAUCUGGAGGUGAUUCAGAAGGAAAAAGCAAAUCUGCUGAUAAGAGUUCGAGGAGUCGGAAACUCAAGCACGAUGUAAUUGAAGCUGUUAAUGAACUCAUUCAAGAUAUUGCAACUUGUCACGAACAGAUUGCUGAGCAAGCAGUGGAACACAUCCAUCAAAACGAGGUAAUAUUAACUCUGGGGAGUUCCCGAACAGUUUUGGAAUUUCUUUGUGCUGCUAAGGAGAAGAAAAGGUCCUUCCGUGUGUUUGUUGCUGAGGGUGCUCCAAGAUAUCAGGGUCAUCUGCUUGCUAAGGAGUUGGUUACAAGAGGUUUACAAACCACACUGAUUACUGAUUCUGCAGUUUUUGCCAUGAUCUCCCGGGUGAAUAUGGUAAUAAUUGGAGCUCAUGCUGUCAUGGCAAAUGGUGGUGUCACGGCACCUGUUGGGUUGAAUAUGGUUGCCCUUGCAGCUAAAAGGCAUGCUGUUCCUUUUGUUGUACUAGCCGGUAGUCAUAAGUUAUGCCCCUUGUAUCCUCACAAUCCUGAAGUUCUACUCAAUGAACUGAGAUCCCCGUCAGAGCUACUUGACUUUGGUGAAUUUUCAGAUUGCAUGGACUUUGGAACUAACACUGGUUCUCCUCUUCUCCAUGUAGUCAACCCAACAUUUGACUAUGUGCCACCAUCACUUGUUAGUUUAUUUAUUACUGACACAGGUGGCCAUAACUCAUCAUACAUGUAUCGGCUCAUCGCUGAUUACUAUUCAGCUGAUGAUUUGGUGAUUAAGCGAAGGCCUUCUACAGGGAGCUGAUUGUUGUCCCUUAUUAUUCAUCACAUAUUUGGACAGCAGUUAGCAACACGAGCGAACUGAUGAGAAGAAUCAUAAAUUCUAUCCUCUCCUCUCAAUCAUGUAGAACCAUCAUCCUUGCUUCAAGAAGACGGGAAGAAAAAGAGCAGAAACAUUCCAAGUUCGCUGAAUGGGAAGCUAAGGUUUUGGCAAUUUUGUGUUUAUUGUUGUUGUUGGUUGUUUGCUUUGCCGCCAAAGCCCAAUCAUCGUAUUCUGCAGCACACUGCCAGAAUCAAUGAAUUACAGAUAAAUCAAUAGAUCCUUUUUUGCAGUUUGCACAGCAAACUAUGGUCAUCUGGGAUACUUUUCUUUAUUUUCUUUUUGUUUUUUCUGGAAGCAUUUUUCCAUGUGAGAAUUCUUGAAGAAAUGAGCUCUAGGUAGUCAACAUCAAUAUGAAAAAGGUCCAUAGCUAAGAUAAAAUGCCUCAUUCUUGUUAUCUCAUAGUGUUCUGUUGGACUCUUGAAAUUAAUAUCCUUGGCAGUAAU